AUUCCCUGUCCUUGGUUUCGUUUUUUAAAUAUAGACACCCUGGCUGCAGAGAGAUGCAGUCUAUGGCAGCAUUUGUUGCUGAUGGAGUCUGACCAUGAAUGAGGAGGUUGACACUGACAACGAAAAUGUCAACUCCGUCUUGGCUCAAGAAUCUUCAGAACUGUUCCACAUCCUUAGCAGUCAGUCAGCUGCAGUCAUAAUGCAGCUGUGCCAAAUGAUGCCCAGUGAUGCUCGGCAGAACAUCAACCCUCUGGCCUCUUCUGCAGCAGCAGGAAAUGAACACAUAGAAGCCAUGUUGGAGUACUUCAAGGUGGCUGAUACUGCAGACUGCCAAAACUUCCUUCAGACCAUGUGCAUGUUGUGUGAGAACAUCCCCAUGCGCCUGGAGGCGAGGCUCAUGUCAGUGGCCGGAUGUUCAGACACGGAUGCCAUACAGACUCCAGCCACAAAACCAGUGUGCCUGAGAAACACAGAAGCUUGUGAAAAUUCCAGUCCCUGUGAAACGAACGAGAAGUCGUUAUCGCCGCCCUCAGAGCAGAAGUGUUUCAAACGCCGACGGAUUGACCACUGGGUGCAGUACAUUGAUGCAGUGAUGAAUUUACUGGGGAGGAGGUGGAAGCGACUCAGUGAGCACCUGGUGAUUGAGAUCCAGCUGGAGAAUGUGUGGGUCAGUCUCAGGGUGGCAAACAGAGGCAGGGACAGACCUGAUCAAACCCCUGGGUCAGCAGACAGAGGGAGCAGAACACCAGAGCCUGAUGGGGAUUAUGGGUCUAUGGAGUCCCGAGUGACAUUGGAGACCUUCCUCCAGGGAUGUGCAGGGAAGAUGACAGUUCUCGUUGGCCAGUCUGGAUCAGGAAAAACUCUGCUGGUGUCUCAUUUAGGACAGCAGUGGGCGCGUGGACUAGGCCCUAUCCCUUCAUCCUACCUGUUUGUCCUGCUAGAGUUUCGUCAGCUCAACUUACUGUCCCGCCCUCUCUCUCUGUCUGAGCUGCUAUUCCGACACUACCUCCCUCCAAAUGGGGGUGAAUAUGAAAAGAGAGCCGUUGUGGAUUACCUCCUUUCCAAUCCAGAGCAAAGCUGUUGGGUUCUGGAUGGUUAUGACGAGUUUCACAGCAAACUCGGCAGACAAGAGGUGCGGGGAGAACUGUUGGACCCUGAAAACCCUCUGCCUGUUGCAGACCUCAUCUCAGGGCUGUUAAAUCGGCAGCUUCUUCCAGGUUGCACUGUGGUGGUCACCUGUCGUGUCCGUGAUGUCAUUGAUUUGGAGGGCUUGUCAGACAAAGUGGGGCAGCUGCUGGGUUGGGACUGCCAUGCCAUCAGGGAUUAUGUGCACAACUUCUUUGGAGUAAAAGCAAACAGAGCUCUUGGGGUGUAUGCAGCGGAACUCCUCCUUUCCUCUCAACACCUCCUCGCCAUGUCAUCCCUCCCUGCCCUCUGCAACAUCUGCUGCAUCUGCCUGGAGCAUUUGCUGCUGGAAGGGAGAGAUGCAGGCAGCACACAGACACUGGGAGAAGGAGGAAGAGGAGAAGAGGGCGGUAGAGGAAGGAGUCGUGCCCAAAGAGGAGAUCCAGGAGGAAGAAGAAGAGGGAGUGAAGACAUAAUGAUAGAUGUAACAAAUUGUAGGGCCCAGCUACCUCCCACACAACCCCAAAUACCCUCCACCCUGACCCAGGUCUACCUCACUCUUCUUGGUGCAUUUCUGAGCCGUGACCCUGAUAAAAGUGGAAGAACUGACGUGCCACAGACCACGAGAUCUCCACAUAGCGCUCUGUGUGAGCUGACCACUCUCAGGCAAUCUGAGUUGUGUGAGCUGACUCAGGUGGCAUGGAAAGGCUUAGAGGGCAGUAAGAUCCUGUUCAUGGAAGAAGACAUUUCUCCGGACGUUUUGGAGUUUUCAAUCAGGACAGGCCUCCUCUCAAAGGUCGAGCACAGACGUGAGGAUGGGGCGCUUGUCAACUCCUAUAGCUUCAUUCAUCUGACAGUACAGGAGUUUUUAGCUGCACUCCGAAUCAUGACCAGUAAGGAUGUGAGUGACACGCAGCUCAAGAACAGAUUCAGCCUGAAAACCCGCUGGACGACCAAGUCAGACCAAAGGACAGUCUUUACUGACUCCCUGCACCUGUAUGUAUGUGGUCUGGCUUCCCCACACUGCACUAAAGCCUUAGUACAAUUAGCCAGGACCUCUGGUGGAACAGGCCAAAGUUGGGUCCAAAAACGGCAAGCCCUUGUACUAAAACUGCUUAAAAAGCUCUGUCACAGCAACACGCUAACUGGACCAAAGAUAUUGGAGCUUUGCCACUGUGUCCAAGAGAGCCAGGACCACCAACUGGCUAAGCAGGUGGUGGGUACGAGGCCAACGCUGGAGCUGCGCAACAUCCGGCUAUUACCUAAUGAUAUUGAUGCUCUGGCUUUUGUAGUAAACUCAGUAGGUGAUAAUGGCAUCGGAUUGGACUUUGGAGCAUGCUCAAUGGAGCUUGAGUGUUUAGAUGUCCUGCCCAGGUGUCAGUACAUUCACAACCUCUGUUUUCGCAGCCGCAAGUAUGGCGACAAGUUCGCAGAGAAGUUGUCCUCCGUUUUGCCAAAAUUCACAACCCUGAGAAAACUAGAGUUUUGUGGCGCCAGUCUGACUGCCACAGGAGCCGCUAGUUUGGCCUCUGCUCUACAGAACUGUCCAGACAUCACUGAAAUCAAUCUGAGUGACAACAACCUGAAAGACGAAGGGAUCAAACACAUAGCCGAUGUUUUUCCCAAGCUACCAAGACUGGUCUCAGUAGUGCUGGGUCGAAAUAACAGCUCUCUGGAAGCGUUGGACUAUCUCAUUGGGAAGAUGUCUUCAUGUUUCAACAUCCAGCACGUUUACGCCGAUGGCACGAAGGACGUGACAGUAACAUUCUUCCAAAACUCUGAUUUGAAGGGCCAUAAAACUAAAUCUGAACCAACAAUCAGCUUGUUGAACCAGAAAUGGAGCGAGCCUGAGAUGCAAAAACUUACAGAGGCACUGGCACGUUGCCCAGCCUUGUCUGAUCUGGAUCUGUCUGGAGGCCAGUGGGAUGUGGAAACACUGAGGACGCUCACUCAGGUUUUGCCAAAGAUCGAAGUCACCAAAAAGAUCAUUGUGAAUGACAGCUGCUCUUCAGUGGAGGGUUUGGUGAUUCUCACUGCUCUGCUGUGUGAUUGUCCCGCUGUGACAGAACUUCAUAUCAGACUACAGAGCCCUGUGCAGGUGUCUGUCGUGUUUCCUGGAGGCAGAGAAAAACCUGCAAAUGAAAUAUCUAAAACACUCUGUCUCAGGUGCUGUGGUCUGCUGCCUGCUGAUCUGGAGAAAGUGUGGAGGAGUUUGGGAACCUCCUCUGAUCUCACUUUGCUGGACAUUUCCAGUAACUGUUUAGGCAACAAAGGUCUGAGGAAAGUGUUGGAGGUCCUGCCUUGUCUGAGUAGCAUCCAGGAGAUCAAUGCCAGUAACAAUGGGAUCAGCAUGGAAGGAGUGGUGAUGCUGGCCCGUGCUUUGUGCUCCCAUGACAGCCUAACACAAAUUCACAUCAGUGAUGAAGGCAGAGAGCAGGUGAUCCUGAAGUUCUGCCCUGACAAAAGUGAGGACAAACAGCAGCUGAAGAUGUUCAGGAUAAACAACAGCAGACUCCUGCCGUCUUGUAUAACCACACUAUGUAGAACAUUGGUCAAGUGUUGCUACGAUUUUGAGUUAGAUUUGUCUCACAGCUCAUUGAUAGAUGAGGCUGUCGAGAAUCUGCUGAAAGCCCUGCCAAAGAUGACGUCGCUGCUGAGACUCAAUGUUAGCUACAGCAGCACAUCCACCACCGGAGCACUGAUGCUGGUCAGUUGUUUGACCGCCAGUCAGCGAGUCACCUCAGUGGAGCUCAGGUCUCAGACUGAAUCCUUCAUCCAUUUUGACCGUGUGAAAUCAGAACAAGCCAGCUGCAGGUUAAAUCAUUUUAGCCUGAACGGAGACAACUUGGACCAACUGCUCGAGAUCCUACAGCAAGGUCCCCAGCUGUCUGACUUGGAUUUAUCAAGUAACCAACUGAGCGAUGCAGGAGUGAAGGUUGUUGUGGAUUCUCUACCAAUGCUCAAAAUCACCAGCUAUGUCAAUUUGAGUAACAAUAGCCUGACACACCAAGGGCUGUUGGAUGUGGCCAGUGCGCUGAGUACCUGUGAUAACAUCUCUGGUGUAGAAGUCGGUUUGGGAGAAGAGGAGAGGUGUCUCAUCUGGUUUACACAAGAUGGAGGUUGUGAAAAAUCUCUGAGUGUCAGAGAGAGUAGUUUGGAACAUGACCAUUUGGUCAGAUUAGCAGAAAUUGUGUCUGCCUGUCCACGUCCAACCAAACUAGAGUUCAAGAACAAUUUGCUGAAAUCAGAUUGGAUUGAAGACUUUGUGAUACUGCUGAACAGAAUUCAGAGAGGAUUCAGUGUCAGUAUUGAGGAGUCUUGGAUCAGAUCUGAAGAGGCUCUUCAUUUGGUGUGUCGCUGUCUGGACCUCAGCAGCAAUAUACACGCCAUCAGGGUUCACAACACCACUAUACACAUGUCUUUGAUGCCGGCCACUGAACUGACUUCAGUCAGCCUUGUGGACUGUGCAGUAGAGGGGUACCAGCUUGCAUCUAUGAUGAGCAUCAUCCAGAAGUGUCCUUUACUGACAGAGCUGCAUUUUUCCCACAACAGCCUGGGUAAAGAGGGAGCUGAGUUUCUCUGUUCUGUCCUGCCCUCGCUGCCAAAUCUCACUUCUCUCAGUCUUGGUUCCAAAGAUGGGUGUGUGACUGUGUUUGAGAAGAUGUCAGAGGCUGUGCAGCAGGCUACAGCCAUUCAGUGCUUAAGUCUAUCAGGUUAUGUGAUUAGUGACAUAGCAGCUCAGAUUAUGACCAGAAUGUUGCCCCGUCUACGAUCACUCAAUCUUUCCCAUUGUGUAUGGUUGGCGGCUGGAGCACUGCAGGUCGUUAAAGCACUGCGAGAGUGUGUCAGUCUGGAAGGCCUUUGUAUGGACUCCUUGCAGCUGAAUGAGGAGAGCAGGGUGUGUCUGGCACAAGCACUGAGGAAUGUCAACUCUAUAUGCAGUCUCAAGCUAAAUAGGAUUGCCACAGAAACUGGAACAUCAAACAAUGUGCUAGAGCUCCUCGCUGCUAUGGAGGGCCUCACCCGAUUGGAGGAGAUAGAGUUGGAGGCCUGGAGGAUGGCUGACAGAGGAAUAGAACAGAUGACCAGACUGCUUCCUGUUUGGACAAAGCUCAGGAGGAUCAGUCUAUCAAAGAACCGUAUCAGCGACCAAUCAGGAGACAAGCUACUGGAGGCUUUGAACAGCUGUAGUUGCCUGGAGGAGCUCCAUCUGGCUAGUAACAGUCUGGGCAAUCUCACAGCUGCCAGGAUGGUCCUUGUCCUACCGUCACUGACACACAUCACUGUGUUGGAUAUUUCAGAAAACUGUAUUGGAGAUGAAGGGUCAGUGAGUCUGUCCAAAGCAAUAAUGUGCAUGAAGAACCUCACCAGGAUUCAUCUGACCUCUGUCGGGACUUCAAAGCUGUGUGCUGUAGCUGCCAGUCUGGCCCACUGCCCCCUCAUACAGGAUGUGGGUCUGGGGUGGAAUAAUUGUGGCGAUAAAGUGGCAGUGACGUUGUCCAGGGUUAUGCCUCUCUGUCAGAAGCUGACCAGCAUAGACCUGGAGUCAAACGCUGUGAGUGUUGUUGGUGCUGAGGCCCUGGUUAGAGCCUUACAGUCGUGUCCUGCUCUGAAGCUCAUCAGGCUGUGGAGAAACCAUGUCUCUUCCAGUGAUGCCCAGAAGCUCAGUCUGAGGGACAGGAGGCUGAAUUUCUCAUCCACCUAAUGUGAUCUGUGUUGUGUGUAAAUAUAUAUAUAUAUAUAGAAUGAUUUUCAGUUUAUUUUUUUAUCUUAAGCUGCUUGAGGGAACACUGGGAAGUACAGGUAUAUAGUUGAAUGUGUUAUUUUUGAGAAAACACCUGUUUUUAAAGACAUACUCGAAUCUAUCACUAUGAAUUGUUAUUAUGACUUAAUGGCCUCUAGUUUCACCAUGGUAAACUGGCGUAAUCAGCUGACAGUGUGGUCAUGUUCCUUCGCUCGGACUGACACGACAAUGGCAACAUACUUUUUUUGAUGGCACUUAAAAUAAAAUCCGGUCAGUAAAUCUAAAGGUCCCAAUAAGGAUAUUAUCGGAAUAUUAUGCAGGGCUUAAAAUGAUCAAAUAAGUGAACUGGUGCUCUGGAAAUUAACUAUUUAAAAUUUUUAAUGAAUAUAAUAUUUGUUAAUAUAUCGAAGUAGCUUUAUGCUUGCUUCUAACUCAACACACAAAUGGCUGAGUAUUCACAUGGGACUGGAUUUGGUUAAAUAAGCCACUUAAAAACAAAGCGCUAAUUUGUGGUUGUAUGAGACACGUUUCCUUAUUUUUAAGAUGUUGUGCUGUGUUUCUGUUGGGAGCUGUAGAUAAAUAUGAUUUAGGCUAAUGGAGCUUUGUAGUGAACUGAAACUUCUCAAAGUUCUGUGAAACUGUGAUAAUUGAUUAAUGAUAUCAGCACCUGAGAUAGCUGGUAGAGGGACCACUCUUUGCACAUACUGUCCCUGCUUGUUCUGCCAACCCACCACACAGUGAACCUAGAGGCCAUGAUGUAAAGUAUUCCUUGGUUUCCCAAAAGUCGUCCUAUAGAUAAUAAGUCUAUGUAAACAGGUUACACUGAGUCACUUUGCACUGUAAUGUGUUUACAAUAAUUAGAGGCCACAUAGUGAAAACACAAUGAAUCAUUAACUCACAGUGACGAACAGUUGAGAGGGAGGACCCCCCCUCUCUGCCAUUUGUUCAUUUUUGGUUGUGGCCUCUAUCCAAUUUGCGUAUUUAUUUCUGCUGUUUUUGGAAAGAAAUUUAAGAAAGAAGUUAUUUAUUUAGCUGUAAUUGUAAUUGACUUUGUAAUGUUUUACAUAAGUAAAUUAUAGAUGAUGCUAAUUGGAAUUGUGUAUGUUUCAUGGCGGAAACUCGGAAGAAGCACACACUGUGUCAGCUACUGAUAUGAGUCUCUGCCACAAGGUUCUUCGACUGCUGAUAAUGUUAUACUCAUGUAUUGUUGUCUAGCUUUUCCACUUCAUUCAGUUUCAUUAUAAUCACAUCCAAGACAUUUGAUUUUUAUAAGCACCGAUGUACUGUGUUACUCAUCUGUUGAAAGUAAUUUUGCAUUUUUUGUUGCAUUUUAUUGUUAACAAGUUUGUGUUGAAGUUGAGGUUUGAGGUCUCUCAUGUCAAAUUGUCUUUAUUCUUGAUAUUCAUUCAUUCUGACUUGCACUGAAAUGUAGAUUGAAAAUUUAAAAAAAGACUAGCUGGAGUUUUGGCCUUUUUUUACCCUUUACACAAUUAGUUUACUGUAUGACUUUCAUUAUUUCUUUUUUUUUCUUCACAACUUGCCAUUAAACUUGCUUAUAAUUC